AGUACAGCCAGCCGGCGAUAGCUGAAGGAAUCUGGUUGACACAUUGGUCUGGCCAGCGAGUUACUCAGUGUGGGGAAAUACUCGUGGACUCAGCCGCUGAGAGCACACGUGUCCGGCCUUCAUUACAGCGGGGACAAGGACUUUUAUUGGCAGUGAAAACAGGAAUUUAUAUGAUGGCAGUCCUGGGCAGCGCUGGUCGCUUUAUACAAUUUGGCAGAAGCAGCAUCGGUCUGAGUGUGAGGAGACGCUCCGUUGCUGCUGCUGCUUUUGCCCAGACUCCAGAAACACAAGAGAACAGGAAACCCAAGACGGGCAUCUUGAUGCUGAACAUGGGAGGACCUGAGAAACUGGAAGACGUUCAUGACUUCCUGAGGCGUCUCUUCACGGACACAGACCUGAUGAAACUCCCUGUACAGAAUAAGCUCGGCCCGUUCAUCGCCAAGCGCCGCACGGCAAAGAUCCAGGAGCAGUACAGUAAGAUCGGAGGAGGCUCGCCCAUCAAACACUGGACCUCCUUGCAGGGUGAGGGCAUGGUGAAGCUGCUGGACGAGAUGAGUCCUGAGACAGCUCCUCACAAGUUCUACAUCGGUUUCCGGUACGUUCAGCCGCUGACGGAGGAAUCCAUCGAGGCGAUGGAGAAAGACGGAGUGGAGAGAGCUGUGGCCUUCACACAGUAUCCUCAGUACAGCUGCUCCACCACAGGCAGCAGUCUGAACGCCAUCUACCGUUACUACAGCAACCGAGGCGACGGACCAAAAAUGCGCUGGAGUGUCAUCGACCGUUGGCCCACACACCCUCUGCUGGUGGAGUGUUUUGCAGAUCACGUCAGUAAUGAGCUGCGGAAGUUUCCAGAAGACAAAAGAGACGACGUUGUAAUUCUGUUCUCGGCACACUCUCUUCCUAUGGCUGUAGUAAACAGAGGCGACCCAUAUCCUCAGGAAGUGGGAGCCACAGUUCAGAGGGUCAUGGAAAGACUGGGACACUGUAACCCUUACAGACUAGUGUGGCAGUCCAGGGUGGGGCCCAUGCAGUGGCUCGGCCCCCAGACGGACGACGUGAUCAAAGGUCUGUGUGAGCGAGGGAAGAAGAACAUCCUGCUGGUGCCAAUCGCCUUCACCUCCGACCACAUAGAGACUUUACACGAGUUAGACAUCGAGUAUGGACAGGUGCUGGGGGAGGAGUGUGGGGUGGAGAACAUCAAGAGAGCAGAGUCAUUGAAUGGGAACCCUCUCUUUAUGAAGGCUCUGGCAGACCUGGUCCACUCCCACCUGAAGUCCAACACGCCCUGUUCCCGUCAGCUGACCCUCCGUUGCCCACUGUGCACCAACCCCACCUGUGGAGAAACCAAAGCCUUCUUCGCCAGCCAGACACUGUCAUAGAAACACACACACUUAAACACGCGCCGUCUCCCCAGCCAGACUGUCAGUUACCAUUGAAAACAUAACAUGAAGAAAUGGACAAAUGGUUUCUGCAAAUACAUUUAGAAGUUUGUUUUAUUGUACCCACAUGCCAGACGGGAGGAGUUUAACCACAGCAAGUACCUUACUUUAGGGCAAAAAUUAUUGAAUAUAUAGAAUAGCUUUUUAUUUUAAUGGUUUUCAAAAGACGCUAUAUGAUUUCAACAUAAAUCAACAAUGUUGAUCAUAUUUCCAAUGAACCUGCUGGCAGUAAUAUCUGCCCUUAACACUCACCUCAGAUUACUUGAAUAAUCUGGAUUUGGUAAAUACCGUUUAACACACAUUAAAACAAACAUCCUCAUAAGGAUUUGCAGAUACCAUUUAGCGAAAGUCUGUGCAGAUCAAAAAAGUGACACUGCAGUAACUGCUCGCAUGACACACAAGCUACAGAAAAAAGCCUUAGUCUUUAGUUCUUUUGUUAUUUUCAGAUUUAUUUUAAUUUUAUUCCAGCUCCUUUGGUAACAUUCCAUUCGCUUAGCCCCUGCACAACCCCAUCAGAGACCCUGUUUCUCUUCAUACUGGUGCUAAAUGAAUAGCGGUCGGCCAUGAAGGCGACACCGCACACAAGGGAUCUCCCCCGUAGUCUCACCUGUCACUGAACGCCAUUGAGCCGCCAGCCAUUAACCCCCACCCAUCCUGCUGCAGUCCUUGAAAUGUGAUUGGAGGAGGUUGGUGCUGCUCAAAUGUCCACUGCCUGAUUGUUAAAUUCAUGAGUUAACUUCAAGAUUUAAGUUUAAAAAGAACUAUCAGUUAUUGCAUUUACCCUGUAUCUAUUCUAUGUCUGUGCUGUACAGAGCGAACAAAGAGCUUAGAAGGAAUGUUGCGUGCAGUAAACCAGAGUUCAUCCGGUGCAUGCUGUAGUCCUGCUAAGAUCUUUUGUUUGGGGACCUCUCAGGGUGUCAUGAAAGAAUGUUUGGGGUAUUGUUAGGUGGUUUACAAGCUAGGAUAAAUAUGUUGCUAUCAUACAAAUGUAUUAACAUGUUUAUUUUUAUACUCUGUUUUCUGCUUUUUGUCUACUGAAAUAUUGAAGGCUUUGAGACUCCGCUGAUGACAAAUCAAAAACUGAAAAGGAAAGCUUGUUAGCUGUUCACCCGUCUACAUGUGUAGCACAUAAAAGCCGACUCACACAAUUCUUAAUUUAGAGAGAGACUGGCUCAGUAAUGCUGAUUCAAGAGACCGAGUUAAAAACAACUGUGUUGGGUUUUUGCAGUAAAAAUAAGAUUAACAUAAAGAAGGGUGCAGAUUCCUACACUUCAGAAAUGUACAACUGUAUUGCAGCUCAGUCAUUUUAAUAGAGAUGAUAUCCAUCAGGCUAUUAAAGCGCUCUUGAUGGGGAAGAACACAUGGAAGGAGGUGCCACUGGUUUUGAAAUGCAUAUAAAUGCUACAUUAUUUUUUCCCCAAAGAUGAGGCAAGUUUAUUUAUAUAGCAUAUUUCAACCACAAGGCAACUUAAAGUGCUCGACAUAGUGCAAAAAAAAGCUUUAAUAAAUUACAUUUAAAUAUAUAAAAACAAAAAGGUAAUUGAAGGAGGAGUCAGGAGAACAGAAAUAUUUCUUUUAUAAAUACUACUUAUGUGCGAAUACUACUGUUCAUUACCUAUACUCAUCUAAUACUUUGGUUCUUCAAUAUCAAAAUAGACUUUAUAAUAUAUUUAGCAAUUAGCUGAAGCCUUCUGUAUAGGCCGUACAGUUGCAGUUUGAGGUAAUAAUAAUAAUCUAUUUACAUUUAAUUCAUAUAUUAUCAUAUCCUUGCAGAUGUGAUAAAGUCCCUUUUUUUUAAUGGACUUCAGGAAAAGCAUAUCGGAGCAUAAAACUACAAUGAUGCUGUAAAUGUCCUUCAGCAAGAUGCAGUAUGUGUUUAACAAAUACCAUGUAGAGAAGGCGCACAGAUAAGAGUGUAGGAUUACGGUUUUGUCUUAACGUAGAUUGAGUUUGACUUCUGUCUACCGAACCUCAGUGCAGUUAUUUUGCUACAGCUCCAGAAAAUAUCUUAACGUUCACAAGUUGAAUCCCAUCUGCUGUCCCUUUCAGGAUGAGACACCCUUAUAAUGUGUAAAUAGAAAAAAAACGUUACACUUUCUAUGGGUAGUACUCCAUACCGCUGUCCCUGAUUCUAAUCCUGUUGUGUUGUGAUAAUGUGCCUUUUACACUGGCUAACUAGAAAAACUGGACUACAUUUUUACGUUGCUUAACCAAAAUGCUGACAGGAAGAAUCAACCCUCAAAUCUGAAUUUAGAUGUUCCUGCUGUGAUCUUGGCCAUCGACACCUCUCUCCACAAGUUGAGAACAAACCGCUACAAAUGGUAAAAUAAUUUUCUUUUAAAAAGUAGGUAAUCUUGGCUACGGUACUUGUAUGCCACAAGGCUAACAAUAUGGGUAACCAUUUUUUUUGGAAUACUGCGCAAACGUCUAAAUAUAUUCCUGUUCCUCCAGUUCUCCUCCAGAAGACAGCCGCAAAAACAACACUCGCUUGCUAGCUUGUUAGCACGCUUGCUAGGUAGCCGACUGAUGUGUGCGCUAUAGUGCUCACUCGCUAGCUAGUUAGGUCACUAAGUUGUGUAACUGCAGCCAUUGUGAAGAUGAUGGGACAGAACAUACAAGAUGGCUUCUGACUUAUUGAUAGUCUGAGCUUGAUGUUGUUUUUCCAAACCCGAAAGGCGGACCCCCAGACUUGGAAUGUCUCUUAUUCUCCUUUAACUAUCAGUGGAACUGCUUGAAGACAUUUGAGGCCUUUAGCGUUUCACUUUAAGAGGAGCUUGUCACAUACGGCUCAGCCUUUUUUGCAGUACACAUUGGUGCUUUUGGAUGUGGUUGCCAUCGAUCACAAACGACAAGUCUCCAUGUUGGAAGAGACGUGUUAAACUUCAGAUUUACAUCUUUUAGCUUAAGUGAACCUCCUACUAGCACUUAACAUUUCCAACCUUAUAUUUCCCUUUGUCCCGCUUUGAAAAUGUGGAUAAUAUGUUGUCACCAUUGAUAACUGCCAACAAUUCUUGCAUUGUAUAGUUUUAGUUGGUAAAUCUUUCUGCUUCCACUGUGUAAUGCAUACAGCAAUACACUUUACACACACAUGGUCCUUCAAUAGUCAGCGUUAAUUUCAAUGUUCUUCCACAGGUUUGAAAGGGGUGAUUUUGUUUUUGAUGAAUACUUUAUUCAGAAUUCUUUGUUUUAUGUCUCUGAAUGCAUAACUGAAGGUAUGUUAAAUGGUGACAUUAGCAUAGCUUAGCUCACUUACUGGACUCAUGUGGCAGCUCAGUUGCAGAGUUUAUCCCACAGACACUGAGCUAAGCUAAUCUUGCUGUUAUACGAUACAGUCAAACUGCAUACAUAGGUAAGACAAAAGUAAAAUUCUUCUGAAAAAAUAAACUACUUCACUUUAAUACAAUUUUCAAUUGGAAAAAGUCCAAUUUGUGCAGGAUGACAUGCUAGUGUCUGUCAGGGGCGGGUUUUUCCUUUAUGUUGUCUCAAUCGUUUUUAAUUGACGUCUGUUUUGACGACUCUGUGUGUUUAAGAAUGUUUGUUGUGUGUGGGUGUGCAUUGUACAUGAUGCAUAACAAAGAUGCUACCGCUUUGUUGCAGCUCUAGCUUAUUUUUUGAUUGUUUGGAAUUAUUUAUUUUGUUUCUUGGAUUGUGUUUCAAACUACACAAAUAAUCUUGUCUCUGCUGUUUGAACAUUUUGUUUUUUAUAUCUGAGAUGUUAUUAGCAGUGUGAUGACACAUAACGAGUCUUCCUUCGAAAUGAAUACAAUAAAAAAAGAAGCGUCUUGUGUACGA